AUGAACAGCUUGAGCCCCCUCCCGGCUCACGCCCUUUUCUUUGUGAUUGGCAUCCAGCUUCACGCAUUCAUUUUCUGCAAGGGUGAAUGGAACACUGCCACCACCAAGUUGAUUAGGAACUUUGCCUUGGGCGUAGGACUGCUUACAGCGUCCCUUAUCCGGCUGGCCCCUGAGACUUUCCAAAGCCAUGCGGCUGCGUUCAAAACAGCAGCUUCUCUUACGGCUUCCCUCAUCUUUGGGACAUACAGUAGCCUACUUGUGUACCGUGCGGCAUUCCAUCGGCUGCAUUCCUUUAAUGGCCCCUUCCUAGCGAGGCUCUCUAAUCUGUGGAUCACCUUAAAAGCAGUCAAAGAAUUACACUUGCAUCUAGAAGUUCAGGAUCUCCACAAGAAAUAUGGCGAUAUUGUGAGGAUUGGCCCAAGCGAACUGUCUAUCAACAAUCCGAAAGCAGUCAUGGAAAUUCACUCUAACCGCUCACCAUGCACCAAAGGUCCGUGGUACGAGUUUAUGCACCCUAGCUAUUCCUUGCAACUUGUUCGAGACAAGCAGGAACACGCACACAGACGUAAGGCUUGGGAUAAAGGGUUCAGCUCUAAGGCCCUUAGAGACUAUGAGUUCCGUGUAGCAGAUUUUACAAAUCAGCUGCUUUCACAGAUUGAUGCACAUACGGGCGAGCCAUUCAAUAUUACGGACUGGUUCAACUUUUAUAGCUUUGAUGUCAUGGGGGACAUGGCUUUCGGGAAGUCCUUCGGGAUGCUCAAGGAGGGCAUUAAGCAUUCCUUUAUGACCUCGUUGCAUAAAGAUAUGCAGUCUCUUGGCAUGUUUAGCCACAUGAUGUGGCUUUUCCCCAUUUUCAAGAAUACACCAAUUCUAAAUGUCAAUACCAAACGAUUUUGGAACUUUGUCAGGUCCCAAGUGGAUGACAGGAUCAAGAACAAACCUGAAUGCCCCGAUGUAUUCUCGUGGAUUUUGGAAGACUUUGAAUCAAUCAAGGAGCCUACACAGCAAGACAUUGACAACCUGUAUGGGGAUUCUCACCUGAUUAUAGUGGCCGGGAGUGACACAGUUGCUACGACGCUUACUUGUCUCUUUUUCGAAAUAGCUCAGAAACCGGACGUCUACAGUCGCCUAAGGGAUGAAAUCGACGACUUUUUCUUACAAAAUGCGGAACCUGAACACUCAGCCCUGUCAAAGCUCCCUUACCUUCAGGCUUGCAUCGACGAAACUUUGAGACUGCACCCCCCAGUGCCGUCGGGCGUUCAGCGAAUGACACCGCCCGAAGGCAUGGAAAUUGACGGAACGUUUAUCCCAGGCAGCACCAUUAUUCAGGUGCCAACAUACACAAUGUUUCGAGGCAAGUUUUAUGAGCGCUUGUUUUCACAGGCAAAUGAGUUCAUUCCCGAGCGAUGGACCGUUCGGCCCGAGAUGGUUAUGGACCCUACGACCUUUGUCCCUUUCAGCACAGGUAAAUAUGCCUGCGUCGGGAAGCAGCUUGGCUUGAUGGAGACCCGGUAG